ACAUGAGCAACUACCAAGACAGCUAAAAGCUUGCUGAGCUUGUUCGAUGACGAAAAGAUCUACCCCAGGUUUCUCCCUCGUUAUGUCUUCCUCAAGCCAUAUUGUGGGGGACGUUGCAUCUUAUGGUUAAAGUUCUCGAAAAGACGACGCUUCUUGCCCAAAACUCUUUGCCGAUGACGAUCAUGGUAACGGUGACACCAACUCGUCGACGAGUUGUUGAUCCCAAGAAUGGAGAGAACCCGGACUCUCUCCUCGCCUUCGGGACCCUCCUCCUUCUGCCUGCGCCUGAUUUAUACUGCAGAAUACCCUGAUUGAGAAGACAGUACUCUACUUGUGCUCCUACUGCCAGCCUCAUCACAGCGACAGCCAUCAUGAGACGAUCAGUCAUAAUAUCAUUGUCCUCAUUACUGUUGACUGUGGAUGCUCAGCAGUAUUAUAUCAAUGCAACAGGACAAGUGCCUCGCCCGCAAUGUUCCAUGACGGGAGGAGCCACUGAGCCCACCUACGCUUUUGCGUCUUUUAACUACACCUUGUCUGAGAGCUUGAGAACUGCCACUUCCGUCUCGCCGGCGACGACCACGUCUACUUAUGCGCCUCCAGUGGAGUCUCUGACGCAUCUGAUCCCUUCAAUCUCGUACACAACUUGGGGAAGCUGGAACCCAAAUGCAACAAGUAAUCGCACUUGGACAAGCAAUGGCACCUCGACUACUAAUGCCCACGAUCCAUACGGUACAGCUGCGUGGUCAGCAUUAUGGAAGUCAGCCAAUCCUCCCAAUUUCACCGAAAAGGCUCUCUUCAGCACCACGGUGGAGCCUACAGCGAUCCCUUCCAGCGAACUUAUUCUCCCUCCUCCAAUUUACUUCGGUCCAACCGACUGCUACCUGUUCCCUCCCGACUUCAUGUUUGGUGUGGCCGGAUCAGCCUCGCAGAUUGAGGGUGCCACGGCCGAGGAAGGGAAAUCACCCUCGCUGAUGGACGUGCUAAUUCAAGACGACCGACCAAAGUCGUACGUCACCAACGAGAAUUAUUAUUUCUACAAGCAAGAAAUCGAGCGUCUGGCAGCCAUGGGUGUCAAGUACUAUUCAUUCAGUCUAGCUUGGACUCGUAUACUGCCGUUUGCUCUACCGGGUACACCCGUGAAUCAGCAGGGCUUGCAACAUUAUUCAGAUCUGAUUGACUUCGUUUUGUCGAAGGGCAUGAUCCCCAUUGUGACUAUCCUUCACUUUGAUACUCCUCUGCAGUUCUAUGCUGCAAAUCUGACCGCAACGCAAGAACCCCCCUUGAUCGGCUAUGUCAAUGGCGGAUAUCAAAACGAGACAUUUGUCAGCGCAUUUGUCAAUUUUGCUAAGAUUGCAAUGACGCAUUACUCAGACCGUGUUCCAUUGUGGUUCACCUUCAACGAGCCCCUUCUAUACUCUUCCAAUGGACAGUCGGUCAACAACGUCAUCAAGGCUCAUGCACAGGUGUAUCAUUUCUACAAAGACGAGCUCGGUGGCACUGGCAAUAUUUCCAUCAAGUUCAAUAACAAUUUUGGCGUCCCCAAGGAUCCCUCCAACUCCAACGAUGUGUAUGCCGCCGAUCACUUCAACUCGUUCCAGUUAGCAACAUUCUGCAAUCCCAUUUUCCUGGGCAUUGACUACCCCGAGUCGUUCAAACAGACAGUCCCGGAUUAUGUGCCGCUCAAUGCCACCGACCUCGAGUAUAUUGGAGGGACUGCGGACUACCUGGGAAUUGAUCCAUACACCGCCACAGUGGUUGCACCACCAGUUCCUGAUUCCAUUGAAUCUAUCCUGGAAUGUACUACCAACUCGUCCAGCAUUUAUUCUCCGUACUGUGUCAACCAAACCACAACUAAUAUCGUUGGGUGGAACAUCGGAUAUCGAUCUCAGUCGUAUGUCUACAUCACUCCCACCUACCUGCGGUUGUAUCUUUCGUAUCUAUACAACACCUUUCGCGCCCCGGUCCUCAUCACGGAAUUCGGGUUUCCAGUAUUUGGGGAAGCGGAAAAGACCGACUUGAGUGACCAAUUGUUCGACGAGCCUCGGUCAGUGUAUUACCUCAGCUACAUGUCAGAAGUGCUCAAGUCAAUUUGGGAAGAUGGAGUGCAUGUGGCAGGAGCAUUCGCUUGGAGUUUCGCCGACAAUUGGGAGUUUGGCGACUAUGACGCUCACUUUGGGUUGCAAACUGUCAACCGAACGACGCAGGAGAGAAGGUAUAAGAAGAGCUUCUUCGAUCUUGUGGACUUUGUGAAUGCGAGGAUGUGAGCAGGGAGCAGGGGUGAUGAAUUUGAAGUCAUCUAAGCUAAGAGGAAGCCACGUCCACCAUGCAGUACUCACAUCCUUGAGGUUCACUAAUACUGCCACAAGUACUGCCACAAGUACUGCCACAAGUACUGUCACCAUCGAUGCUGGGUAUGAUCGAAAGUCACAUGACCUUGCGCGAAAGAGGGAAGCGGAAAUUCUUGGCUGGCGGGUCGGCCAAGAGAAUUACGUAUCUGGAGGCUUGGGAUUUGCUUGAUGUGCGCGCAUUUUUUCCAAUUUCCAUGUACUUAUCAUUCAAGAGCAUGGAGAUAUGGGACUCGAGAUUCAGCCCAAGGGGCUUCUCGCUUAAUUGGUGAUAAAACUAUAAUGGACCAUAAUGGACCAUGGAGGAUAUGGCCUCCGAAACUCUGAGCUGGUCACCCCUAAAUGAGUCGCUAAUUAGGCUCGGUAAAUAGGAUCCGACACCAGUUGAGACCAUUGUCUGACAGAUAUGCCUGAUUAGUCGUAGAGCACACGACCAGCAAUGAAGAUACUACUGUACUACUGUA